AUGGACACAAAAAUCACCACCUCUCCGACUCGCCUCGAUGUCGAAAGCGUUGAAGAGGAAUUGGAACGUGUCGGCGGGGUUCGAGCUCUGGGCUGGCUGAUCGAGAAUCGACAGGUCUACGUGGAGGUCCACGAGGAGACACCAGUCGGCCCAAACGUCGUCCGGAAAUCCAUCAUGUUCGACCACAAGACUGUCAACGUCACCUUGCAAGCUCAGCAGGUCAGUUUCGGACUUUGGUCUUGCGCACAUCUGCAACAGUUUGCACUGCUUGGCCACGUGAUCUUGGCAGAGUUGGCGGAAACUUUUUACCCACUCUUUCGGUAUGAUGGGCGCCUGAUCGCAUCUUGCAGGCUACCUGAAUCCGGCUUGAAACGAGCCUCGUUUUGUUGGCAUCACUUUGACUCGCCGCUCUAUCAGCUUCGGCACAUUGUCCUCUUCUAUUCACGCAAUCUCAAGGACCCAAACUAUAGACUCAUCAUUGCUAAGGUCCUAACUAUAGCCCUUUUGGAAGGGACGUUGACGUACGUCAAAGAGUUCAUCCCAGACUUCAACAUGCUCCGCCACCGGACUGGCCCAGCAGGCGCCACAUCUACUUCAGUGAGCCAGGAUUUCGGCACCACAGGUCAUCUAAGAGAAUUCCACAAACUUGAAUCCACCCGACAACCAUCUAUAUAUUAUCUGUAUUAA